CAACAACAAUCUCAAGCUCAGCAUUGAAUAUCAAGAGGGAUCCUCAGCAAAGCAUAUAAAUCUAGUUUUUGAUCCAACAGGCUUCUACUUCAAUAAACGAUCUUUCAAGGCACUGGACUAGAUGUUCAAUCCUCGACGACAUCCAACUCAUCCCUUAAUCCUACUUAUAUUCUUAUGGCGGAUUCAAGCCUCACCUGGAGAUUAUUCACCUGGUUAUCAACGUCGGGGUUAAUGAAUGUAACUUUAGGCAAUGUUAUAUCGUCGACUCAGAUCCUCAUCAAUUACUUCGACUCUUUCAUUGGACUUCUCCUGAUGAUUGCUCUUAUAGAUGUAUGCAUGAUCUAACCGAAAAGGUUUUAAAGCUACCAAAAGCAAUCGCUCCUCCUGAUCAACCAUUCGAAGGUUGGUGGGAUGAACCAGAUUGGACUCCUGGUGUCGAACUCGAAGGUUUACCUCCUGGUAGAAUUGUACAGUUCCAUGGCAAAUGGCCUUUCAAACGUUGGCAUGGGAUUCAGGAACCUUUAUCUGCUCUCUUUAGUAUCUUUAAUUUACUUACUUAUCUAUUCUCUUACUAUCAAUUGAAACAUACCAUCCCUCAUUCAUGGCCUUUGACGAAACCUAUACCUCGGUAAUACCUUUGUUGGGAUGAACGCUUGGAUUUGGAGUACGAUCUUUCAUUGUCGAGAUAAACCUUGGACCGAACGUUUAGAUUACUUCAACGCCGCUGCUUAUGCUCUCUGUGGUUUAUCUUCCACUCGAACUCAGG